GGCUGGCAGACCUGCUUACAACAAUCGAUGGAAAAGUUGUGCGCGGCGGUGGCUUUCAGUAGACCCCUUUCAUUUCAUUCUUGACGUCUUUCCUCGCGAAGCUCUUACGUUAUUUUAAUUUGACAGUACCACAACAAUAAUACGAUUGUUAACAUGUUUGAGCAGCGGGCGGUUUAUUCCAGACGUUCAUAAGACUACCUAAUCGCUACGGAGGAUCCACGGGCGUAACAACUCCCAACUUUUAUACCCCGUCCCGAUUUCUGUGUCCCCGUCUCUCUGCUCACCCACAUCCAGGCAGAAGAGCUACGCAUCUCUGCUGCCCGGCAGAGCCCUCGGUGAAUUUGGAGCGCUCUAAGUCAAAUGUCGCCGACGUGCGCAAGUGCUGUGGCUGUGCUGCACGACGUGAAGCCCGCCGCGCGCAGGUACUCUUUGGGGUGACGAGGAGAGGUUGCCUCCUUUCUUGCGCCAUCUUGCAUCCUAUCACGCUGAUGGUCCGUGCCCACUCCCCGCACUUCACCGCUCAAGCCACAGCGGUAAGUGAGAGUGAAAUAUGUCGCAGACCUUUUGCUCCACUGUGGCCGUCUCGCAAUUCAAUUUUCGCACACCUGUCGAUCGAGUUAUCCCCCAUUGUAUUGGGUUUUAUCUUAACAACGAAGACAUACUAGUUAAGUUUAUUUUAUUGACCUGCUGAAUGGCACCUGAAUUAAAACUCUAAUGUGAGUUGUCAGAUGUGCGCUAAUUGAUUUCAAGUGAUAGAAGUCUUUUCUAUCUAACACACAACUACAAUGGAUCUACUUUCCAAUGAUGAUGACACUUUUGGAGAUGACUUCUCUGAUGGUUCACUUGAAGAUUCUAGUCCUAAACAUCAAGUGGAGUGUACCUGUCGUAUAUGCAAGGAGAAACUAUGCAAGCCUAGACUUCUUUCUUGUUUGCACACAUUUUGUGAAGAAUGCAUUGACAAACUAUUGGUGGACGAGUCUGGUGAUUUCAAGAGAUGUGAUAACACAGUGUCAUGCCCAGUUUGUCAGCAAGAAACAAUGGUUUCUGAAAAGGGUGCUUCAUCAUUGCCCUCUAAUUAUGUCAUGAACAACUUUUUAGACAUGUGUGCUAUACAAGAUAUGACUGUAGUCUGUACCAGCUGUAAAACCAAAGAAGUGGCUGUAUCCCGUUGUUCUGAUUGUGCAAACUUUUUGUGUUCUCACUGCAACUCUGCUCACCAGUUCAUGCGCUGCUUUGAAAAUCACCAUGUGGUUCCUUUUGAAGAACUGCGUCAGAAUGCUACUGAAAUCAAUGGUUUAGUUCCCAUUCAUAAACCAAUUUUCUGCUCAUCACAUGGUUCUGAAUGUUUGAAGCUUUACUGUCAUUCUUGCAGGAUUCCAAUCUGUAAUGAUUGCAUGGUAACUGAUCAUGUUGCUCCUCAACAUCGGUAUGAGCGCCUCACCACAGCAGCACCCACAUUCCAAGAGGAACUGGAGACACUAAUGGUUGAAGUUAAAAGGAAGUCAAGCAUUUUUGAAGUAGCAUCUUCUGAUUUGGACAAUGCUUUAACUGAGCUUCAGGCUCAACGUGAUGCAGCUCAAGACCUGAUCAAAGAAACAUUUCAGAGUUACAAAGCAUUUCUUGAAAUGCGUCAAGAAGAUUUGUUGAAAGAAUUAAAUACCAUUCAUAAGCAGAAGGAAUUGAAAAUUAUGGGCUCACAUCACAUGGUCGAGAAAACAAUGGACCAAGUUGAUGAUGCCUGUAAUUUUACCACACGUCUUUUGAAGCAAGGAAAUACAGUGGAAAUUGUUUCCUUAAGAAAUGUGGUUUCAACUCAGCUUCGCAAAAUUCUGGCUACCUCACCAGAGCCUGAAGUGAAUACCUCUAUUGAAUUUGUCACUGACAGCUCUAAAUUCCAGGCAGCAGUUAAGGCAACAUUUGGCAUAUUGAAGUGUAAUAAUAUGGUGGAUGUGGUUCCUCCACUUCUAAACAACCACAGUGAAAGUCUAUCAAGCAUAUUUCCUCCCCCUCCGCCACCCAGUUCCAACAUUCAAAUUGUGCCACAGGCAGUAGCAGCUAGGGAAGAGAGUAGCCCUUCUCCUACAUUUUCUACUGUUUCUUCCAAUGGAGAAAGAAUUGGAACUGGAAGAGUCCCAUCCGCAUUCAUUUCAACCACUUCUUCUGCUCUGAAUGGUUAUGUAAGUCCUGUGACCAGCAGCCCAGUUUCAUCUUAUGACAGUGAAAUCAGCCAGAUCACAGGGUUUGGUAUAGGCACGAAAACAGAAACGCCUACAGCUCAGUCGCCACCAAUGUCGUCCACUUCACAGAAUGCCAAUUAUGGAUUGACAGUCAUCCAGGAGUACAACCUUACUCAACUAGCCAACCUAGCUGAUAAGGUUGAUAUUGAUGGACACUCAAACUUAUCAUCCAAUGCUACUUCACCCAUGCUUUUAACUGACCUGCUAUCCGGACCCAUUGGGCACCAAAAUCAUGCCCUUAAAAAUCUGCAAGCUCUUGCUAAACUGGGUGGGAUGUCCAUUAGUGACCAUGAUGACAUGGUGAAUGGGGAUUCAUUGAAUGGACCACCUGGUAUGCUUGCUCGACCAGCAUCACCACCCAGAAACAGUCUAGGCCUGCCCCCCACUCCAAUGAUUGACAAAGCCAACAAUUUUCCAAUCCUUUCUGAGACAGAUGAGCCAAUAUUAAGUCCUUCUGGAGGCUUUCCCUCCAAUCGGGACAGUGGAAAACCAAUGGCAAUGGAUGUGCGACUGAAGUUUGGUUCUGUAGGAACUGGAAAGGGACAAUUCAGUAGUCCUCAUGGCUUUUGCCUUGGUUGUGAUGAAGACAUAGUUGUGGCUGAUACCAACAACCACCGUAUUCAGGUAUUUGACAGAACUGGCCAGUUCAAGUUUCAGUUUGGUGUUGCCGGCAAAGAGGAAGGACAACUAUACUAUCCCCGCAAGGUAGCUGUCAUACGCAACUCCGGAAAGUUUGUUGUUUGUGACAGAGGAAACGAGAGAUCUCGUUUGCAAAUCUUCACAAAAAAUGGCCACUUUGUCAGAAAAAUUGCUAUUCGAUACAUUGAAAUAUUGGCAGGCUUGGCUGUUACACCCUCUGGGCAAAUUGUUGCAGUUGACAGUGUUUCUCCAACUGUCUUUGUUAUUUCAGAAAAUGGUGGUAUUAACUCAUGGUUCAACUGCAGUGAUUACAUGAUGGAACCAUCAGACAUCACUGUGUCUGGACGCGAGUUCUAUGUAUGCGACUUCAAAGGACAUGCUGUUGUUGUUUUCGAUGAAGAUGGAAAGUUCAAGCGCCGCAUUGGGCGAGAACCCCUUACUCAUUACCCUAACGGUAUUGAAGUAUCUGAUGCUGGAGAUGUUGUUGUUGGUGAUUCUCAUGGCAACAGAUUCCAUGUUGUUGUUUUUAAUAAAAAUGGGGAGCAGUUAUCAGAAUUUGAAUGUCCACAUGUCAAGGUGUCCCGUUGCUGUGGACUUAAAAUAACUUCUGAGGGUCAUGUUGUCACCCUUGCAAAGAACAACCAUUGUGUGUUGGUCUUGAACACACUUUAUGUCAACUGAAGAAGUCUGUGUUACUCAUCUCAAAUAUCUAAACUGAGAUACUAUACAACUGAGGUUCUUAUUAGUAGGCAAAAUGUUUGUCUACAACCACCUCUGUAUUGGCAGGGUUACGUAACCUAGCUUGAUCUCAUAGUCAUUUUAAGGUAUAGUCAGAAAGAGUCAUUAUGUUAACCUCAACUCUUUGGAAUUUGAGACUUAUAUGCUGAAUUUUUCUUGAAUUCUGUUAAAGCAAUAUUUGCAAUAUAUGCAUUUAGGCUAAUACUUGUUUUGUCUAAGUCUAUGAGUUGAAAUGUAUGACAGUUUGUUUUUAAAUGUCAUCAGUUAUGAUGCAGAAGAAUUUUCUUUAUCUAUUUUUAGACCGGUCUGGUUCCUACAGGCGAAAAUAAUGGAAAAAAAAAUGUUGAAAAGAAAAAAAAGAUGUUGGUUCUUCCCAAACAGUCAGACAUGUUUCAUUAUAGGGAUUUAAACCAAUUGUACUUCUAACCAUAUGAUGAAGACUGAUGAUUUUAUUUUCUUGUUUUUAUUGAAACUAAUUUUGAUUAAGUUUGUUUUAAUGUUGUGGGAAGUUAUGUGAAAACAAUUUCUUGUAACUCUUUAUACAUGUACUGCCAUUUUUUUUCCUUUUAAAUUUUUGUGUGACUUUCUAUUCUAUGCAGAACCAUGUAUUUAGCUCUGCUUGUGUGGUCUGAGUCACCACAUUCAACAGUCAGUGGGAAGAGACAACAUGAAGGUUCUUAUAUUAUUAAUAUCUAGUUCUUUCAUACUCAUGCCAGCUCCAAUUUUCAAACAUAUGCAUCUAUAUUGUGAUACUGUUUUGAAAUAUUAUUUAACAGAAUGCACUGAUUUAAGUGAGCAUUCAUGUUCUGUAUAAAUAGCGUAUGCUUGAUGAAGUGCCAUUUUAGUUGAGUAUUUCUGAUUGAGAGUUCUACUGGAGAGUGUAUUUUUGAAAGUACUUUAUGUGCUGCGAGAAGGUAUUUUAGAAAUAGGAUAGCACCUGUAUUGAUGUGUCUUUUGUCAUAUUUUAUGAUCAAUGGUAUUGUUUUCUUUUUAUCUUCAUGGUGCAAAUUGUUGCAAAUUCACUAGUUUAUAUAUUCUCAUGAAUGUGUGUGUGUGUACUCACACCAAAUCCUUGUGUGUACAUAUAGUUUUACAAACAUACAUCUUUAUCUAUUAACAUGAGGAAAAGUAUCUAUCUUUAAGUUAUAGAAAACUGAAAAUAUUUGUGAAAACGAAAAAGAAAAAAAAAUUGUUAUGUAGUGUGGGGUACUAGUAUUUAAAUCCGUACUGCUUACACUCUUAUUUACUAAAUAUAGCAAUAAACUGACUGUAGGGUACAAGCUGAACUAUUCUGUAUCUUUAAAGUUUAUUAGAAGUAAGAUUUAUGUGCUAAUUCAAUAUUGAAGAAUCUGCAAGGAUCAGUAUCAUAUACCGGUCAUUUUAUAGAGUUACAUUUCAGUGAUGACUUAAGAGUAAGAGUAUACAUGUUGAGGUUGAAAGUCUGUUUAAUUUUUGCUGGCACUAUUCUCUAUCUGGUUUAAUGAAACUUAGCAUUCCUUGUAGGUGAAUCCAGCAUGUAGCUUUAACCAUUUUUUCCAACUCUGCAUCUCUCUAAUGAAAUGUUCAUCUCUGUUAAAGGAAAGUUACGGUUACAAUUUUAAAAUUUGCCCAACAGACGUCUGUACCUGAUGGAAUGGAAUAGAUCUCUAAUAUUUGCCAAUCAAGAAUUCUGAAAUAAUAUUCUCAUUCAGAGACUUAUCUCAAUAGUACAGUGUUACCAGGCUAUCGACUCACACUGAAUAUAACAUGAGUCAUGUCAUUGUCAGUGUUGUACUAUUCUCGCACUUCUUACUGGUCAAGUCUUGUAUGAAGAAUUUAUUGACAUCAUAUCAUAUGGCUGUUGUUCAGGCUUCCAUAGCUACUUGCUCAAGAGCAAGAAUGGGGAAUCUCUGGUUCACAUUUUCAUAUGAGUCCAAAGGUUUUGAUGAAUUCUGGCACUGACUUGUUUCCUCCCAUAUAUUGGACGUUUUCAUUGUCUAUUUGCUAUGAAUGUAAGUUUUUAAACCUCAGCAGGCAUCUUUUAAUUGGAGAUUAGGAAAUCUAUUUUAUCUGACCUUUUUUUGAUGUGACAUCCUGUGAUAAUUAAAGUAGGACUAACCUGGAUUUUACUCUAGGUGUACUGCAUUGUUAAUUAAUAAGAUUGACAAUUCUUUUUUUAAUUUUUUUUUUUAGGAUUUCACUUUAGUUUUGUUUGAAAAAUACUUUGCGCUCUAAAUUAUUUCUAUUGAAAUCUUUCUAAAUUGAUAACUUUUCUCGGUAUUCAUGUGAAGAGAUAGAUUAUGGAACUAUUGUGAUUGAUUGUUAUUAAGUACUAUGUAGCUUUGUAAGCGUGGUUUAAGAAAAAAUAACUUCUUUUUGUGAUGAGAGAAAUUUUAUUCAAAAGUAUGAAACUCCGUGGCUACUAUUUACUUCUAAUUUAUAGAAAUUCCUUAAAAAAUCUUCUAUUUGCCUUUUAAAUGCUUCUCAGGUUUUGCAGUGUUUGCUUUAUUAGUUAAACCUGCAUUGUAACUUAACAUUUUAUGCAAGAAAUAUGUUCCCAUUUUGACGUAUUUUCUUUUUAGAACAUAAAUUAUGCAGGUACACCAUAUGUACCACUAAUUGUUUUUUAAAUGAUGUAAUGAGUGCCAGUCAUUUCGGUAAAUCCUUGACAGAAGGUAGGACCAAGUUCAGAGUUGACGCUUCUGUAUUGAGUACUAGUUUCUUACUCAAGAUCAAAGCAUCUGUGAUUUUCAAAGAAGCUUUUAAUAACAGUUCUCCAGCAACUAAUUUUGGACCCCUUAAAGUGCUUAACCUUAUUUGCUAUGGUUGUUUUUAUAUUAGGUAUGUAUGACUUUUUCUUAUAAAAAAAAGCUCAAAAAUUUUGUCUUGAGUCUGAGGCAUCUGCUGGUGAUGGUGAAAUGCUUCUUGUCAUUGUCCUAUCUUGUAAUUCCAUUUUUUCCUGGGGCGUCAUUAGUAACUCCCAAAAAAGUAUCAGUAUUUCAAUUACCACAUUCUACAUCUGCCUUUCCGGUAACAAUCUUUGAAAAUGCGAGUCUAGAAUUGUUCAAUACUAAAGUUACUAGCCUAUGCUUACAGUUAUUGGUCAGAAAGUCACAACUUUCAGGGUCACCCCUUUUCCCCAAUUCUACACAGCUAGUGAAAUUGGGUUUACACGCCCCAGGUUUCAAUUUAGGAAAGUUAACUGUAAUUUAUUGCUUGCAUCAUCACUUAAAGAGGUAUUCCACAGAGGUUGUUUUCAUAUUUGUAUAUUUGGGUUAAAAUUCUUUAUAAGAAACUAACAGGGUAAUGAUUAUUUCCUACAUUUUGAGUGCACUGGAGGAAGCAAUCCCUUGCACACUUGAUGUUCUUAGGAAAUGCCAAAGCGAGGUAAAACUUCAAAUACUAACAUGGCUGGAGGAAGGUAUUGGUCUUGCAACCAAUGCACUUUUCAGCGUUCCUAGUUUUCUCUUGCUGCUAUCUACUUUUAUCUUUUACAUUGAAUUCAUUAGAGGUAGAACCCCACUUGAAAGGUAUUGUCAUACAAUUUUAGGCAAGUGUUACUCUCCUUUCAAUCAGAUAUACAUGUAUCUUUAAAUACAGAAAUGGAAGAAAGGAACCACCUUUUCCCCUAGUCCUUUGUUUGCUUUUUUUCUUUUUUUUUUUUAAGUUCUGUAAGAAUUAAUCAUUCUAAAAUAUACAUAUCAGAACUGAUAGUUAAAAUGUUUACUUGUUGCCUAGGUUGUCACUGUUUCUAUCUUAAUUAGACUGUGGUAUUGUCGAUGGGAAUGAGCAUAUUCCGUUUUUGUGUUGUAAUCUUCGUCUUCCUCUGUUUAAGCUAGAUUCACCUCUUGCUGCUGUAUUGCUAGCAUGGCUUAAGAGAGUCAUUUACCUCACAUUUUUCAAAUUGUUGCAGUUACACAUAGUUUAGUGUGUCUGUCAAUAUAUCACAACUUUUCUUCAAAUGACCAAUAAUGUAAAUUUAUCUUAUGUACUCAUGAGUUUUUAAUGUGAUUAAUUUAUGUAGUGUUUAAUUUCAGUUUUUUUUAUUUUUGAAAAAGCAAACCAAAAAAAAUCUAAAAAAACAAACAAAAAAAAAACUGCUGCAUGAAGGAAUUGUCCAUUUGUAUCCCAACGUAUUGAUGAAUGCUUUCCUGUUCUCAAAAGCUGGUAUGUCAGUAUCAGAUUAAAAAGUACGAAAUUUAGUCGUUUCCUCCCAAUUUUCAAGCAGGGUUUUUAUGUUACAAGAUCUCAUUUGGAUCUGAUUUCAGCCCUCUAACCGGUAUUAGUGCAGUCAUGUAUCACGUACGUCAACCUUCAACUGUGUUGUGUCAGUAGUUGUACAUGGCCAACAAUAGUUGAAGCUCUGCAAAAUUUUUAAGUGCCCUUUUUACCUUGUGCUUAAGAUUGUAUUUAAUUCUAGGUCGAUAGUGCCAUUAAAUCCAGGAACAUUUCAUUUGUUCAUUCAUGCAUCUGUGGUGAAGGUGAUAAAGUAGUGCAAGGAAGAGCUUUGAUUAUACCAUUAUUGCCAAAUUUAAUGUUAAACUUAAGUUGCCUUGGGUGAAUACGUUUAACUGGCAUAGUUUUGUUGAAAUAGGCCUGUAGAGUUUUUACGGCAUUUCGUUAUGAAAUCAAGUUCUUGGCACUUUUAAAGCUUGAUGUGUCUUGUUUGGUGAUGACUGAAACUUCAGAACUUUUCCCCCCCUCAAUAUCCGGAAAAGUGGUUCUCUUAUAUUUUAUAGCUUCUCAGGUGCUUGUGGUAUAACUAGGUUUUAAACUGACAUGAUGCUUUGAAUUGCUUUACUCUGUUAACUUCAGUAAAUUGUGUCCAACCAAUUUUGAGAUCAAUUACUGAGUUACCAAAUGUAUUAUGAAAGAAUCUACUGCAUCUAUGGUCAAGUUUACUCCACUGUUGUGGUUCUAUUCAUAACAUGUCAACAUCUAAACCUAGCUUGUUCUAUUAUGUUCGCAGUCUGGAACUAGUUUGCCUUAUGUGACCAAAGAUACGGUAUGUUAAGUUCAGUGAUUGUAUUUUUAGAAAAAUCUCAGAUAUCCCUCUUGAGUGAAAUGAAUGACUUGUCUCAAAGAAUUAGUUACGCUUAAUAUGAUUCUCUUGAUUGCAAAUUGAUAAUUUUUUUGUUCAAAUCAUCAUCUGAUGAACAUAUCAGUCAGGUCAUUUGGGAUGCUACUAGAUACUUCUCCACAGGAGCUUGCAUGAUAACCUUACAAAAUUGUUGCUCAAUAAUUAUUUUUUCCUAACAACUUGCAUACCAUUCAUUGUGCAAUGUAAGAAAAAUUGCUAGAGUUGCAAACUCUACUUCACCAACACGCCUUGCAAUUGUAAAUGUUAGGUAAUAAUGCAAAUCGAUUGACACUUUGUCAAUUUGUGAUUUCAUGUGUUCCUUAAAGUCAUGUUUAACUGUGUUCCAAAUUUUCUGGGCUUUUUCCCUUCUCCCCUUUUACUCCCCUUUUUGUGCUGAUUAUGCCCAAAUCAGUUUAGUAACAAAUUUGUGAUCCUAAUAGUAAUUAAAAAUGUUGAGGGCCUUACCAUUCCAAUUCCCCAAGUAUAUUUAAUGCUUGGGCUGUUACGUCUUUAAAUUGAAUUAAGUUAUGUAUAUCUCUCAUAAGGUUUUUGUCAUCAAAGGAACGUUUUUUUGACGGAUAAUUGUCAUUUUGUGCUCAUGAGGUCAUCCUAAUGAAAGACAUGCAGCCUAGCUUUUAUAAUAUUGGCCUAUUGAAAGCAAAGCUGUGCGCUUUUUCUCUUUCAAAGAAACUUCUGACGCAGUGCUGACAUUAACAUGUUUCAAUGUUACAUUGAAAUCUGCAACGUCAAUUUCUGCUGUGGUGGGAAACCAGGGUUUUAAGUUUAUGGCCUCUGGCUAUUGUUGUAUUUCAAAGAAAUAUCUGCUUUUUUUUUUCCAGAUCUUUUACCUUGAAACUUUUGGGAUCCGUGUUCAAUAUUAUCCUACCAAUAUAAAAGAUAUCUUUAUUUUUUAAUGCAUUAAAUGCUUUGUUUUUAAUGUUUCUGUAUUUUCUGAAUUUGUUUGAUGACCUUUUAAGAAUCUGAUAGCAUCAUUUUUAUUCAUGUGUGUGUUCUUAUAAGAACACUUAUAUUCAAGGUCUUUAGGUUGCCAUUUAACUGUUGUGUACAUGGUACCUUCUUUUUUCCCUCCCUGUAUGACAGGUUAAACAAAUAUUUUGGCUGAUAACACCAAUUAUUUGCUUACUCUUCUACUUAUUGUGUUUUUUGCAUUGCAAUAUGAAAAUUUAGCUGUUUUGUUUGUAGUACAGUGAGAUCAUUAUAAGUCCUUAUUGUGUAAUUUGUAUUGUCUAUCAUAUGCUCUCGAUUGUUCAACUUUAACUCAAUAUUAUUCUUCUGUUGUAUCUUGUUUUGUCGUGGGUGUUUUUUUUUUUUUUCUCGUGUGUGCUUACAAAAUAUUUGUUUUGUUGUCUUUAUCCUUUUAUUGUUUACUCUUAUGUCAUCAUCCAUUCCAUUAUAUGUUUAACAAUGUUAUAGAAAGUUGUGGUUUUCUCAGUGUAAGGUUGUGAGUUACACUUUUUUUUUUCAGUGAUGACAAUUUGAUAUUGUCCAUGAUUAAUCUAGGUCUUAGUGCAGUCUUUGUAAAUAUAAGCGUGGUAUCCUACCAAAAGACGGGGACUCUGAAAGACCGCCAGUCUAUAUGCAUUCCAGUGGAAAGCUAGAUCUGAGGGUCAUAAAACUUAUUUUGUUCGUCUGAGUGGCCAAGCAAGCAAGAAUUUUCUUUAGUCAAAUGUUAUGAAAAGGAAAUGUUGAUAGCUUUUAUUUUGUUUGUCAGUUUAUCAUUUAUUUAAUAAGUACUUAUUAUUUUUCUGUUUCUAUGGUAUACUAUUGCGACUGAAGCUGAGGCACAAGUUAAAAGUUGACAAACUCUGGGGACAUGAAUGAAUAGUUCGCUUGUAUUGGCAAAUGUCUUGCCAACUUUUUCUCUCUUUGCAAUGGUUUUUUGUCUUGCAGAAAAAUAACUAUCAUGUAGUCAGUUAAAGUACAAAUAUUUUUAAAACUUCCCUUUUGCUUAGGCUUGACUUGAUUAACGGUCGGCCCUUGAAUGUUUCCUAUGUACAUAUUCUACAUACAAUGCUACACAUUGUCAACUUCUGUUAAAAGUAGUGAGAGUUGUAGAUGUUUUCAAAACUCUUGCAUUUCAGCAAAGGCUCAGGAGUUUUCUUAACUAUUACCCAACCUAUGCUUGGUUUAGUUCAUUUACCUUAUUGCAGCAUGUGUGCACAGUUUCUUUCCAAGUGUGGCUAUUAUAUCGAAAGAUGCUCAUUGUUAUGCUGUGCAAAAUUUCUUUUGAAAAAUAUUUUCCAAAGGAUUUUGUAUGCUAGUCUUUAGUUAUGUGAGUAUAUUACUGUUUUUUCUCCCCCCAGUUAUGACUAUAUUGUGCUUCACUUUUCCUCUCACCAUAGUCUAUAUUUUCAGAGCUUUACUCAACAAAUUUAUUGAACAGUGCUGUCAAGUUGUUGACUUUUUUGACACUAUUGUCGGCAUUGUGUUAAGUAAACGUUUUAUUAAAGCUUAAUAGUUUUGAUUAUUUUGAUUUUUUUUUUAAACGAGUUAAUGAAAGUGCUCGUGUUAAAUUGCAGUUGCUAUUAGUGUUUAUUUGUUUAUUGUAUUAUUCAGAGGUAGUUGUGACUAUGUAGUUAUUAUAUCGGGUGUCGUAUUAUUUCCUUCCCCUGUAUAAUCAGUUGAUUUGUAUUGUCAAUUCUUUAACAAUAAAGUGUUCACAAGUUC